AUACGCUUCUAAGACGGCCUCGCACUAAACGUCCAAAUACAACAAACACACGGAGUUUCGUGUAACAAAAAACUGAAAACACAAGACCCAAUUGGAAAACUAAGAGAAUGGAGGUCUCGAAUCUGGAAAACGGAUCGAAUGUGGCGGACGAUGGUGAGGUCAAGCCCUUCCGGCCGCACAGUAUUACCAGAGCCGUCAUAUUCGUCAUUUUAUUCAACGUGGUUUUGCUUUGCGCCAGUCUCCCAGCGUAUUUCUAUCUUACAUCCAUGCACAAGCCUCUCCCUGCUAGGAUCGUAGACUUCUUGAUAGUUGGAGGAGCGACAAUGGCGAUUCCUCUGCUCUACAGGUUGGGCGACCUAUCCAAGGGAAAGCCAAACUUUUAUUAUAUUUAACAGGAACGAUCGCCCAGUCUAUAGUUCGUUGAAUUCCAUUUCAUUUUGCCUUCCGUUCGAA